AUGGCUGUGAAGCGGCGCUCUGGCCUCGUGCUCGCUGCACUGGCUGCUCUCAUGCUCUCAGCUACGAGUAACAUCCGCUGCUGCCAUUCACCUCCCUCGUUCAGCCUUUGCCUCCCUUCCCUCCGCAUCCCAUUCUCCGCAUUCCUCCCUAAUUCAGCGUUACCAUUCUCCUCCCGUUCUUUUCCCCACCCUCUCACAGCAUGUACUCCCAGGGCUGCUGCCGCCCGCACGCCAGCUACCAGUGCCGCCCCAGACCAUUCGUGCGUGCAGAGGAACUGUGGCGCCAAUGCGGUGUGCGUGAAGGACAGGGGCGAUGCCACCUGUGUCUGCAACCUUGGAUUCGCCAUGACCCCUAAAGGCUGUGUCGACACAUGUGUGCUCAAGAGGUGUGGUGGCAACGCCACGUGCACCAAGGACAGCGCUGGAGUGGCUUCAUACACAUGUGUGCUCAAGCGGUGUGGUGGCAACGCCACGUGCACCAAGGACAGCGCUGGAGUGGCCUCCUGUGUUUGUGACGCUGGCUUUGUUCUUCAAACUGACGGCAGGACAUGCACUGACACAUGUGUGCUCAAGAAUUGUGGUGGCAACGGCACGUGCUCCAAGGACAGUGCUGGAGUGGCCUCCUGUGUUUGUGACGCUGGUUUUGUUCUUCAGGCUGACGGCAGGACAUGCACUGAAACAUGUGCACUCAAGGCUUGUGGUGGCAACAGCACGUGCACCAAAGACAGCGCUGGAGUGGUCUCGUGUGUUUGUGACGUGGGCUUUGUUCUUCAAGCAGACGGCAAAACAUGCACUGGAAG